AUGGACUUUGACGAGGACAUGUCGGGGCUGCAGAUAGAGGACCUGGGCGAGUAUUUCUUGCAGACAGACAUUAAUGAAAACUGGAAGGGGUUUUCAUUGGGCUACACGGAUGAGGAGCAGCAGCAAAACCUCAAGCAGGAAGCAGGCGCUCAUGCCACAGGAAAUACUGGCGUUUCUGGAGCUGCAACUAUGUCAAACCCUCAGCAUUUGACUUCUCCGCCACUGGCCAGUAUCUCGGAGAUGCUGAAGCAUGGCAAUGGACUCGGAGUAGGACUGGGUUUUGGCUCGCCCACGAAGGAUUUCGCCAAUCUUUUCCAGACUGGAUUGACCCCUGCAAGUGCCAAACCGGAUGUGGCAAUGAUAAAUCGAACGGCGAGAGAUGCGAUAGAAUUGGCGAAUUUCAGUCUGGAUCAACACAGGAAAGUGGCGGCUAUCAAACCUGCUGCUCCGAAGGUGCCAAGCUCGCAAUGUCAAAACAUUUUGAGCAAUGACGACGACGAUAUGAACACUUUCGGAGCGACCGCUUCGUUUAAACGUGAUUUUGACUUCAUGACCGUGGCAUGCGACCCUAGCGGAUGUUCGACGAUUGGCAGCACGGCGAUAGUGAGUGCACCGUCACCGACACCGGAAAACGACCGAGGAUACCGGAAGAAAUCACGUGAAAAGAUGCGACGGCAAGAGGUGAAUGUCAAGUUUGAAGAGCUAGUCGACUUGCUGGGACUCUCGAAUCGAGUUCGUAAGAGUGCGAUCUUGCAGGAAGCUGUGUCGGCUAUUAAGAGCUUGAAGCGAGAACGUGAUGAGCUACGUCGGGAUCGGGAUCGACUGCAGCAAGAAGUUAGCAAGUUGGCGACGUGUCUUCAAUACUCGCAUCUUGGAUCCGCGGCUGCUGCUAUGCAGCCCAGCCAGCAUAUGAACCCGUCCGGACAGCUCCUCAACCCGCACGAUCCACAAGUAGCAGUCUCAAGCGGAAUGCAGGCAGUACACACACAUCCGCUCAAUGUCCCAUGUAAUCCGGUAUGUACUGUAGGGCAAGCGGAACUGAACCUGAGGUCUUUUAGGUCUUUGGUUUCUAAUUAA